GUUUUCUGCACCUAGGGAGAUGAUCAUAUGGUUUUUAUCUUUCAUUCUAACGAUGCGGUGCUUCGUUUAUAGACGUGCACGUGUUGAAAGAUCCUUGUUUUCCGGCUGCAGGUUCCUCCUGCCCGUGCCUGGAGAUGAGAGCUGCCUGCCCCGUAGACCGUGACAAAGAACAGGGCAGACAGAGACAGUCCGAGGCUCAGGCUGAGGCGCUCUUUGGUGACACUGCUCGUUGAAAUGCUUCCACCAGCCACAGGCCGCUCUAGACACUGGCCACCUUCUUGCUGUGACACCUGCCUCCAGGACAAGGCAGCUGUGCCUUUACUUUCCUCACUUGUCCUGAGGACCUAUUUGGAGACGCUCAGGUACAGAUUCGUAACUACAGAGUCACGGUGUUCUCCGCAGCUCAGUCUCUCUCUGCUGACAGUGCUAAUUCUCCCUCAGGCAAGGCUCUGUUCCUCCUCUCUCCGUUUUAGAGACUCACCUCGUGCACCGGGGCGUCGCCCAUUCCCCUCCUCAGCCACUCGGGUGCCUUGUACGUGGCCCCACUGUUGUGCUAAAUAAGAGAGUCUUGGAGGGGAAGGCAAAGGGUAAUGUACUUCAUGUCCCCUCCCCACCUCAGGGAGACCUCUUGCCCUUUUUGUUUUCCUCAAGGACCCUUGUCAGGACUUCGGGGAAGCAAGCAGCAGCGUAAUAAACUGGAAAAACACUUUGGGGAAGGAUGAUACAAGUGAGAGCCAACCACAAGGAGCUCUGAGAAUUGUGGGUUCGGAACCUCAGGGAAUGAGGCCUCUGAUGACACGGGAGUACAGAAUGGGCAGUGGGGCCGACCUAGCCAGCUGUCCCAGCGCUCUUCUCCACAGAUCUGAAUCAAGGCCGAGAAGCCACAAAGUCCUACUCUGCAGCUCCUCCGGAAUUGACCUUGUCCCUGGUCGCCUGCCACCACCCUCUCCCUGGACCGUUCUAGAACUAACACAGUCAGGAUGCUGCCGUUCACAUGGAGCUCCUCCCGAACUGGCUCCUGGAGCUCCUCGUUUGGAGUCAGGAACCUGUGGGCAAUCUCCGCAUCCAUGGCCGAGGGGAAAGGCCUCCGGGGUUGCUGGGAUGGCCAGGGUCACAGGCACCACCCGAACCACCAGGGACUCUGGGGCCGCUGACACCGCGAGGUCCACCUGGCACACACUGGCCACCACCUGCUGCGCCCACCACCACGCCCACGGCACCCGUGCCUUCGUCUGCUGCCCUCACGGGGCCUCCACCAGCCACCUGAGACCCAACUUUGAAUCCUCCCACCCUCUCAAGGCAUCACUGAAGGACAAAGCGCUCUCUCACAAUGCUUCACCCCUUUACUCCACAAUGCAAUUCCGCAUGCCCAGAGCAACUGUCCACACGGACCGCUGGUAAUGCCUCCUGACCUGUGAUUGGUUCCCACCAAGCAGUCCCUUCUGUAGCCAAUCAGUUCUCACCUAUGAAGCUCCACCCCUUAGAGUGCCACGACACCCUAGGGCGUCUGCCCAAAUGGGCACCCGCGUGGAUGCGUCUGCCUGAACCAGCCGUGCCACGAGCCUUCGACGGCCCGCCAGCUGCGAUAUCCAGGAAGCCUCUGCCUGACACUACUCCCCACACGGUGGUGCGGCUCAUGGUCCCCACUGUCCAUGCCCAAACAGACUGCCAUGGCCCAACUCCUAAAGCCUCUGAGCACGUGACUGAGCUGCGGAGAACGCCGUGACUCUGUAGUUACGAAUCUGUACCUGAGCGUCUCUAAAUAGGUCCUCAGGACAAGUGAGGAAAGUAAAGGCACAGCUGCCUUGUCCUGGAGGCAGGUGUCACAGCAAGAAGGUGGCCAGUGUCUAGAGCGGCCUGUGGCUAGUGGAAGCAUUUCAACGAGCAGUGUCACCAAAGAGCGCCUCAGCCUGAGCCUCGGACUGUCUCUGUCUGCCCUGUUCUUUGUCACGGUCUACGGGGCAGGCAGCUCUCAUCUCCAGGCACGGGCAGGAGGAACCUGCAGCCGGAAAACAAGGAUCUUUCAACACGUGCACGUCU